AUGUUCAAAAGAGCCCAACAAGUCACUUUCAGAAGACUCAACCACCACGCUUACGGUCCAUCCAAGCACCUUAACGAGCACGCUUUUUCCGCUGGAAAAAUCAACAAGGAAGCUGGUGAAGCCUUCAAGAAGAACCUCGAAGAAAAGGUCCACCACUCCGAAGGUAUCACCAACACCUGGAAGAGACUCACCUACUUGAUUGCUUUCCCAGCCAUUGUCUUGACUGCCAUCCCAGUUGUCAACAUUGAAAUGAAGCACGCCAAGCACAGAGAACACUUGAAGCACCUCUCCGACGAAGAAUGGCCAACUCAAUACGACUACCAAAACUUGAGACAAAAGCCUUUCUUCUGGGGCGAUGGUGACAAGACUUUGUUCUGGAACCCAGAUGUCAACAGACACGUUGAAGCUUAG